UGAAACUAUGUGCCCUUCUUUUCCUCAUUCAACACAGUAUUGAAAGUGACUGCAGACAACAGAUAAUCAUGGAAGCUCGUUCUUCUUAUGGUAACAUAAUGGAUGUGGAUACCACUGGAGCUUCUCUUGAAACUGGAAAACAAGAAGGCUUGCAGUUUGGGGGGGUUGAGGCUUCAAAAAUAAUUGCAAGGAGAGAUCUAAACAAUCUAGAGAAAUAUAAAAUGAAGAUUAAGCAUGUCAGCGAAAAAACAAAUAUUGAUGCAGCUGUGAUUGCUGCUAUAAUAUCUCGAGAAUCCCAUGCUGGAACUAUCCUACAAGAUGGCUGGGGUGACCAUGGAAAUGGAUUUGGAUUAAUGCAGGUGGAUAAAAGACAUCAUGUACCAGUUGGCACCUGGGACAGUGAGGAACACAUUACUCAGGGGAGUCUCAUUCUCAGAAGCAUGAUAGAAAAGAUUAAAGAAAAAUUUCCAUUAUGGACAAACGAACAGCAGUUCAAAGGUGGAAUUUCAGCCUACAAUGCAGGACCUAAAAAUGUCCAAAGCUAUGAGCGAAUGGAUAUAGGCACUACGAAGAAUGACUAUGCCAAUGAUGUUGUUGCAAGAGCCAAGUUUUACAAAACAAAUGGAUAUUAAAAGUCUAGAACAAAGAUGCUGUCAUUUCAGCCUUACCCAAAUUUUGUAUGUAACACUAGCAAGAUCUAUUCGUUAAAUUCUACAAAAAUAAAGUUGUGCCAAUUUCUGCAGAAAAUAAAGCUAUAUUGCUAUUUUAUGGUUGUAAUCAUACUUCAUGCAAGCAAGCUUGUAUUCCCAUUACGGGGCUUUCUUUCCUGAACGCCAUCACUCUGCUAAACAAAUAAUUCCCUCAACACUGUCAAAUUAUGCACUAUUAAUC